AUGGCUGCUCCUAACACGAAACCGCGCGUCUACCUCGCGGGACCAGACGUCUUCCUCUCUUCACCUAUUGCCCGAGGAGACGCUCUCAAAGCGAUCUGCCAGAAAUAUGAUCUCGUGGGCCUGUUCCCCUUCGACAAUGAGCUUUCCGGCUUCGAGCCACACAGCUUCGGCCUUGCGCAUGCCAUUCGAGGUGCGAACAUGGAUUUGAUCAAAUCCUGCGAUGCGAUUCUGGCGAAUAUGACACCCUUCAGAGGUCCAUCGAUGGAUGUUGGAACCGCAUAUGAGAUGGGCGUGGGCGCUGCGCUGGGCAAGGUCGUGGUGGGAUACACUUUGGACGGAGGAAUGGGAUAUGUAGACAAAGUACACACGUGGGCGGGAGACAAGAACCUGGUGCGAGGGGACGACGGCCAUCUCAGAGACGUAGGCGGUAUGGCCGUGGAGGAGUUCAACAUGGAGGCAGGAACUAGUGGAUUAAUUGACAAUCUGAUGAUGUCCUGCGGGAUUGAAAAGCUCUGUUUAUCCGAGGAGGAAGCAGUCGAGGUGUUGGCAGACACUCUACACAGAAGACAAGUCAAAUCGGCGUCAUCGUAG